AUGGGUUACACGCACUACUAUGCCAUCCUUGUCUGGGAUACACCUGAAUGGCAAAAGGCCUGGGCCCAGCUCAUCCAAGAUGUCCCCAACAUCAUCAAAGAAGCCCGGGUUCUUCUCAGCGGCCCAACCGACGGUGAGGACAAGGUCACACCGGUGGUUGUAGACUCCGAGAAAGGCAUAUACCUGAACGGUAUUAGAGGACAUGCCCACGAACCAUUCAUACUGCGCAAGCCGGGCAAUUGGACUUUCUGCAAGACUGCUCAAAAGCCGUAUGAUGUGGUCCUUUCAUCUAUCCUUCUCAGGAUUUGGAUGCUGGCACCGAAGAACCUUGAUCUUGGCUCCGAUGGUGGCUAUGAAGACUGGGCCAAUGCGCGUAACCUCUGUGCCACCUUGUGGCCUGGGGAGCCUACCGAUUCCUUGUGGGCAAAGGGUGACGAGGGAAAUGACGUGGAGGUCGAAGAUGAAAGCAACUAG